AUGAUAUCUGAAUUUGAUUUUAACUAUUAUCCACUCCAAUUAUACGAUUUACAGAUUCCAUUAACUUCAUAAAUAUAAUGUGAAAAUUUCAAUGAGAAUGAAGCUUCAGCAAGAAAGUUAAGGGUUAGCUCCUAAUGUUUAAUUUAAAAAAAGUAUGAGAUAUUGUUCUAAACUUCUAGAAAAAUAAGGCGUAAGCAAAAAAGACCUUCAUUAUUAAAAAUUGAUGAAACCGCGAGAGAUGUAAAAAUUUACAGUUUGGGUCCUAGCUAAACUAAUUUAGAGUGUACAAAUGAUGACUAAAAAUAAAUUAACGACUGAG